AUGAAGAGAAAAAACCACCACAGCAAGUACGACGAUGACCACGAGGAGGGACAAAGCGAUAGGGCAAAAAGUAGCCACAGAAAACAUGAAGAUAAGCGAAGGGGGGAGGAAAGAAGAAACAGCGACGACAAAAGUGAGAGCAAGAGGGGGCAUAGGAAGGGGGACGAUGACAGGCGAAAGAGGGUGAAGACGGAUGGGAGGCGCAACGAGGAUAGGCGGAACGAGGAUAGGCGGAACGAAGACAGGCGGAACGAGGAUAGGCGGAACGAGGAUAGGCGGAACGAAGACAGGCGGAACGAGGAUAGACGAAACGAGGAUAGACGAAACGAGGAUAGACGAAACGAGGAUAGACGAAACGAUGAUAGACGAAACGAUGAUAGACGAAACGAAGAUAGAAGACACGCUAGCAAGAAAUCUACAGACAAAAAGGAUACCCGCAGGACGCACGAUGAUUCACCUCGCGCACCCGAGAGGAGCGGUCGCGACAGGCGCUCCCUGAGCCACGGCCAUAGGAGGAGCCGCGACAGAGAUGCCUACUCACAUAGGAAGCGCGGGCACAGGGAUGGAGAAAGAGACCAAGAAAGGGGACGGGAUCGAGAUAGGAGUCGCAACCGGGGUAGAGAUCGGAACAGAGAUAGAGAUGGCCACCGUAGCAGGAGCAACGGGAGAACCUUAGUAUCCGAGGAGGAUAGGCGCCCCAGACGAAGUGUAAGUCGCCAUGGAAACACCUACGAUGAAGAAAGGUACAAGCGGAUUGGAAACGACACGAGCGAUUAUGUCCUGAAGCUGGAUUCAAAAGGAAAUACAAAUGAUGACCACCACAUGUUCACUGGAAACCCAAACCUUAUUGAUACUCAAAACAGAAGUGCUACGGGUGGGUUGCUAUUCAACGAGGUAGGAUACCCACAAAUGGAUGGGUUAAGGAGAAAUGUGGACUUGGAAGAAAACAUGAACAGGCAAGGUAACAUUUUGAUGGAAAAAAAAAAUAGUUUGGAACCCCCACCCCCUGGAUUGAUGAAUCCAAAUGGCCCAUGGUAUGAUCACCCCACAUUAGGAGAUCCAAUGAGGAAUGGCAACCUUGCCAACGGUCCCUUUUUUUAUCAGGAGGAAAUGAACCUCGGAAAUAGAAAAAAUAUGAACCUUAGAGACUACAAAAUGAAGGGUAUGAGGAGCGGGAGGGGAGGAAAGAGGGGGAGGAAGUCUAGGAAAAUGAGGAACAUGAAAAAUAAAAACGCGGCUCUCUUUGCGAAUGAAGAAUUUUACGACUCCGGUCUCUUACUCAACCCCCAUCAACAGCAAAAUCUAUUCAACCAGUCCAUCCUCGCCAUGGAGGGAAAUAGCAUCCUUCAUGGCGGCAACGCCACCGAUAACGGUAACAACAUGAAUAACGGUGACAAUCCAUUUGUGGAAGGCAUAGCCGGAGCUGCCCAGAAUGCCUCUUCUGCAAACCCCAACAACGUAAAAAGUGAAGCCGAACAAAUGAUGAUCGCGAGCGACAUCGGAGGUAAUAAUAUGGUGGAAGAAUCUACUGAUUUUUUUCUCCAAGGAAAUAAAAAUAAAAUUACACAACAGAGUGGCAUUCCUGGGGAUCCGAACAACAUCAUGGCCCCACCACCACCUUAUUCAGACAAUAGAACUUAUGGUGGGGUGGGCGCAGCAACUAUGGCAGGUGGGAGAAGAGGUCUCCUCCUUCGCCCAAACGAUGCACAGGCGAACCUGGGCGUGGGGAAUCCUAACAUGAUUAACAAUCCUAACAUGAUUAACAAUCCUAACAUGAUUAACAACCCUAACUUUAUGGGAAACCACAACCACAUUGGCAACCCCAACCACAUUGGCAAUCCCAACCUCAUUGGCAACCCCAAUUUCAUUAAUAACCCCAACUUCAUGCAGAGCGGAGGACCACCACCCCUCCUAGAAACACCCCCCAUCAGACAAAUGAAAAAGAUACAAGGAAAGAAAAACAACCUCUUGGGUGAUAUAGAUGCGAAUGAUAAUCAUUCCGCCUUCGAACACACAGGGAUGAACAAUAUGAAUGUCGGUCUGAUGAUCAAUGCCAUUCCUCCUCCACCGGACGAGGACAUGAGCAAAGGGAUAACUUUCACGGAGGGGCAACCGAGCCCACCAAGUAUGCCAAAGGGUGCAAACGCAUCUAAUGUUCCUAUCCCACCGAGUCCACCAGGCGCACCUAAUAUGCCUCGGUUCCAGAACCCAUUGAUGAACCGAAGUGGAGUGAACCCACCCCCUUUUGCCAACUUGCCAACUUCGAACACUUCCCUCUUAACGAACAAACAAAAAAUGAACAACAUGAAGAUUCUUGAUAAAGGAGCUCCAGGAAACCCUAACUACAUCUCCCUGAAUGCUAACAAUAUCCCUUUAAAUGUAAAUGUGAACCCGCAGAACAGGAAUUUCAAUGCGAACCACAAUUUGAGUCGACAGAAGAAUAAUGGCCCUCCUUACAUUUCCAACGAUCUACCAGAUGCUCCUGAAGAGAGCAUGUUCUCAAUCCAUUCGACUUCUGGUCCGGCCGGUACCAUGGGUAGUAAAACCUACAUGGCAGGACUUGAUCACCUGGAUGGUGCAUUGGGCAACGCAAGCGGUAUGGGCAACCCAAGCGGUAUGGGCAACCCAAGCGGUAUGGGUAAUCCAAACACUAUGGAUAAUUAUUACGAUGAGAGAGGGAAUCCACCUAACAGCCAUUUGCUAAUAGGAGGGGUGGUACCCCCCUCGUUGGGUUCUCCUUCAAAUGCGUCCUUGCCAGUUAUUUUCUCUAAAAAUGCGGUUCUUUCGAAGAGUGGACCCAAUAUGGGAUGGGAAAUGGGAUCCGGGUUAAGUGGGGAUAUUAAUAUGGUUACCCAUCCUUCUGCUACCUCUAUGAUGAUGAACUACCGAGAUGGAAAUGAAGAAGGAUGGAAUUCGAACUAUGUCCUCAGUGGGGAUUCCCUCAAUAGACAAAAUAUUAUGGGUUCUACAUCUAUGAGUAAAGAUGGAAACGCGUUAAGAGGACACGCCAUAGAAAUGGAUCCAACGUGGGAUCCCCAUUUCGAUGGACGCAGUGGCAAACACCAUAUGGAUGGACUGAACGAUAGGGGAACCUCUUUUCGUGGCGACAUGGAACCAAACGGUUCGGUUGAUGAAGAACGUUUUAGUAGCUACAGAAGAGAAGACCAAAGCGACGCACCAUAUGAUCAUCAGGAGAAUGCACAGGAGGAAGAGGAAAAUGAUGAGCGUGCUUCUGCUCAGAAUGGAAAUCCGAUACACGGAAAUGUAGACACGCAGGGCAAUGGAGGCAAUAGGAAGGUACUAACACGGGAAGAGAAACUGCACGAAUGGUUAGAGGAUCAGAUAAGGAACCAGACGAACAUAAUCUCUGACGCCUUGCAUCUCAUUCCAUUGUGUAUACAGAACAGUAAGCAAGAUCCUCUUGCAGAAGAAGAACCCAUUCGAAAUAAUGCAAAUGUUGAAACACAAACAGAAGGGGGAGGCCUCCAGGAGAGGAUACUCACCAAAGGAAUCACCCCCAAUACACACAUCCAAGGGAGUAAACUUUUCUCCUUUAAUGAGAAUAUAUCCUACACGUUGCGUGAACAAGAACACAUGAACAGGCAGAUGCACAUGCUUCCAGUACCCGUAAAUGAUGAAUCCAUAGAAGAGGAAGCAGACCUGAACAAGAUGAGGAAUUUCAUCCUCACAUUUAAUCAAGAAUCUUCUAUGGAGCCGGUUUCCAAAACUGCAUCUACAUCUAUGCAAAGGAGCGAGCGAUUCCUUCUUAGCGAUGACGAACCAUUGAAUGAAAGUCUGUUCAUAAGUAAGGAUGAUAAACAGGUGGAGGGAGGAAGCACCCCUGGUGAAGGUAGAAACAACUGCGCCCAGCAGGAACAACCCGGUGUCAAUUCCACGGGCACAGAGAAUGAGACGAACAAGGAGGGGGCAGAGACCAAUGGUGAACCGAACGAAAGCACAAAUAUAUAUUUCGUGAAGCUCAUGAAGAGCAGACUUAAGAACCCACUUUCCAUUUUCACGGGCUUAGCCAAGAAGGAUGCCGAAAAAGAGGAACAGCCACAGGAACAACAAGAAAGUGCAUAUAAGGAUGAGACAGAUGCAGCGACCCUUCCAACGAAGGAAGAUGACACAAAUGAGUUCAUACACACAGAUAUUAGAACCGGAAAAGAUCGAUUCGAUUAUAAGAACUACCUACUCAAAAUGCUUCUACAAAGUAGAACCGAAGAGAAAAGGCAUCUUUUGGACAACAAAAAGUGGGUAGACCAUGUGGACAUUUCCUCCACCAAUCUGUUCAUGCUGAACAUCUACCGCAUCAUGUCGGAUGAUGCCGUCAACUUGUACUGA